AUGGAGAAGGAGGGGCAAGGGCAGACCGCUGCUGGUAUGGAUAUUGAACAAUCUUCAAGUGUUGACCAAUCUCAAUCUUCUCCCAUUAUUGGCGAGAAUGUGACUCCAACUCCUAGUGCACCAUCUUCCACCCCUAGUGGUCCUAGUUCUCAUCCUCACCAACCUCCAACCACCAUAGAAUGUCCUCCCCCUGCCCAAACAGCUACAAUUGGAAAUGUAUCUACAGAAGGGAGUAAGAAGAGAAAACAACCUGAGAAGAAACAAUCACAAGUGUGGGAUCACUUUACUAAGUUACCGUUAGAGGAGACAAAUGGAGAGGUUAGAGCUGCAUGCAAGUAUUGCAAUAUAGAUUAUGCUUGUGACCCAACCAAGCAUGGGACAACAUCUUUGAAAAGACACUUGCGAAAAUGUCAAAGAAAUCCACACAAGGCUGCUCAAAUACCAAAACAAUCGAUGUUGAAUUAUACUACACCAAGUGGGCAAGCAGGAAGCUUGAUGCCUCAUAUGUUCAAUCAAAAACGAUGCCGUAGGGCUCUUGCUGAGUUCAUCAUAUGUGAUGAGUUGCCAUUUAGGUUGGUUGAGAAGCAGGGCUUUAAAAAUUUUGUCAAAGAGUUAGAGCCACGAUUUCAGAUCCCUUCAAGAACAACGGUUGCUAGAGAUUGUUGGCAAUUAUAUCUUGGUGAAGUUAGGAUCUUGAAGAAUCUGUUGAGGCAAUGUACUAAUCGUAUUUCCCUCACUACGGAUUGUUGGACAUCAGUUCAAAACUUCAAUUACCUAUGUCUCACAGCUCAUUUCAUUGAUAAUGAUUGGAAGCUGCAUAAAAGGAUUCUUAAUUUUUGUAUGAUUGAGAAUCAUAGGGGUGAGACAAUUGGAAAGACAAUUGAGAGGUGCUUGUCAGAUUGGGGCAUACAAAAUGUUUUCACCAUUACUAUGGAUAAUGCAACAUCCAAUGACUCGGCCUUGACAUAUUUGAAAAGAAGAUUAAAGAACUGGAAGGGUCUUGUUUGUGGUGGUGACUAUCUUCAAAUACGAUGUUGUGCACAUAUUCUCAAUUUGGUUGUUAAUGAUGGCUUGAAGGAAUUGAAAGAUGCCUUUGAAUCAAUUCGGAAUGCUAUUAGAUAUGUUCGUUCUUCCCCUGCACGUCUUCAAAAAUUUAAAAAUGUUUGUGAAUUGGAAAUGUUAGAUUCAAAAAAUAUGUGCUGUUUAGAUGUUAACACUAGAUGGAAUUCCACAUAUAUAAUGUUGGAUGUUGCUUUGAAAUUCCAAAAGGCAUUUGAAAGAUUGGAGGAUGAAGAUGAAGAUUAUGUCACAUAUUUUAACAAAGGUUCAAGACAUGAUGGCCCUCCUAACAAGCAAGCUUGGCAUAAGGCACAGGUCUUUCUUACAUUCUUAAAAGUGUUUUUUGAUGUGACCUUGUUAUUUUCUAGCUCACUAACAGUUACUGCAAACAUAUGUUUCCAUCAAAUUGCACUAAUUCAUGAGCUGUUGGAUGAGACUACUCAGUCUGAUGACUCUCUUCUUAGGGAGAUGUCCUUAAGUAUGAAGAUGAAAUAUGAUAAGUACUGGGGAGCGGCAGAUAAUUUGAAUCCUUUGUUGAUUAUUGCUGUGAUUUUAGAUCCUCGAUACAAGCUUGCCUACAUCAAUCAUGUUUUUGAGCAGCUCUUUAUUGAUCCUGAACUUUGUAUGUCCAUGAAAAACAAGGCAAAAAACACUUUGUAUCGCCUAUUUGAGGAGUACUCUGCAAUGAUUGGUCCUGAAACAAGUAGAUCUGGUGGUUCUAGCACUUGUACUUCUUCUGGUGGUGCCAAUACUUCUAGUGCAAAUGAUGGUAAAAAAGAUCCUGGUCGUAGAUGGUUGGCAUCCCAGAAAGAAAAGAGCUCAUCAGUAGAUACUCAAUCAGAGUUGGAUAGAUACCUUUCAGCUAAUUUAUCAGAAGACAUUCCUACUGAUGAUGAUGAUUUUGAUAUAUUGACAUGGUGGAAGGUUAAUUCUACCAAGUAUAGAGUGCUUUCCAUGAUUGCACGUGAUGUAAUGGCUAUACCAGUAUCUAUAGUGGCAUCUGAAUCAGCUUUUAGCACUGGAGGACGUGUUGUUGAUGAUUAUAGGAGUUCUCUAUCUCAUAGGAUGACUGAAGCACUCAUUAGUGCUCAAAAUUGGCUACUUGCUGGGCAAUCUAUCUCAGAAUUUACCUCUUUGUUGAGUGAAUUUGACAACUUUCAAGAGACUGAUAAUGUUGUUAAUGUUCCAGAUGACUAUGGCCAAUGGAAGUGGAGCAUGAUUCAUAAUCUUUUACCUCCGCAUGUCCUCAAAGAUUUAACAGCAAUUUUGAUUGAUCAAAAUGCUCAACCCCAUUCUUGCUUUUGGCACCUGACGAAAUCUGGAGAUUUCACCACGAGAUCGGCUUAUCGUGCUACAGAAAACCUGAAUUGGAACAAUGCUGAAAAAAAGUGGACUCAGAUAUGGAAGCUUCUAAUGGCUAAGAGGAUAGACCUUUACCUGGCUUCUUGUUAA